UAACUUGGAAGAGUCGGAUGAAAACCGAGCUCUGUGCCACAUCUUCCACUAAAUGAUAAAGCCGCUACAUCGGGAACUGGAGGCAGGACUAAGAAGCUAGCUUUGAAGAAACGACGUUACUUGGUCAAACUCCGUAUCUUAUUUCUUUCUCUGUAAGUGUUUGGCGGCCGUUAAACUCACCCCAGCAUUUAAAUUGUCGUGUUGGAUUUCAUUGAGUUUUAUCAGUUGGAGGAGGUGUUAGGUGAGGCUAAGUUAACGGUGAAGUUAGGCUGCUGGUGACGACAUAAAGUGGGAAAGUGGACUUAACCAAAGUGGACUUUUCAACCGAAAGACUCACAAACAACGUUUACGCCUAAAGAGAAAUCAGCUUGAUCAAAUGCUCCAAGAUCAUCCUACUUUCUCUCUGUUAUACUAAAAAGAGCAGAGGAAGCCGAGCAGUCGACGACGUGGAGAGCAGAAGCGCAGGGAGAGAGUGGAGAACUAAAGGGAGAAGGUAGAAACACCAGCCCAGCUAUCUGCCUGCCUGUGAGAGUGCUGCAUCAUGGGGAAACAGAACAGCAAACUGCGGCCCGAGGUCCUGAACGACCUGAGAGAAAACACAGAGUUCACCGACCACGAGCUGCAGGAGUGGUACCGUGGCUUCCUCAAGGAUUGUCCCACUGGCCACCUGACCGUGGAGGAGUUCAAGAAGAUCUAUGCCAACUUUUUCCCCUACGGAGAUGCCUCCAAGUUCGCCGAGCACGUCUUCCGCACGUUUGACACAAACGGUGACGCCACCAUCGACUUCAGGGAGUUCAUCAUUGCCCUGAGCGUGACGUCUCGUGGCGGGCUGGAGCAGAAGCUGCGCUGGGCUUUCAGCAUGUACGACCUGGACGGGAACGGAUACAUCAGCCGGGCAGAGAUGCUGGAGAUAGUUCAGGCAAUUUACAAGAUGGUGUCAUCAGUGAUGAAGAUGCCUGAAGAUGAAUCAACACCAGAGAAACGGACAGAUAAGAUCUUCAGACAGAUGGACAUUGACAAUGAUGGUAGAUUGUCUUUGGAGGAGUUCAUUAAAGGUGCCAAGAGCGACCCGUCCAUUGUCAGACUGCUGCAGUCAGAUCAGGGAGCCUCUCGUCAGUUCUGAGGACAGAGACAAUGACACACACACAUGCACCACCUACACCCAUCCAGUUUUAUGCUGUUCAUCUGAUCUGAUAGAAGCUUGGUCAUCAUCCCACACACAUCCCUCACCAGAGAACCAUGUGAUCCUGUCAUUUAAAAAAAAACAAAAAAACACUCCAUGUCUUAAUGUUUACAUUAAUGGAUACUUCUUUUGUCAAUGUGGCUCCUUUUCUGUGGACUAUGAUGUGCUUUCAGUUGAGGUAUUCCCUGUAGUUGCUCUUCUCCAAAGCGCUCUUGCCUUGACAUGGUUUUUACUUGUUUUCCAUAAGUGAAGUGCCAUAUCUUCUAUUAUACUGACUGGAUAUAUGCUUGCAAGUAUUAUGACUCCCAUUAUGUUACAUUAAGAGGAAACUAAUUAAAAUCACUUCGUAUAUUUUGAUUUAAAUGUGUUGAAAAUGGCUUAUUGUUGUUCAGGAUAUCAACAGUAGCUAAAGUUGGUGUUCUGAAGCUCUGUAUGCCUUUGGUAUUGCAUGCGCUCAGUGAUAUGCGUUUUCUGAUAUUGUAACAGUUUACGUGAAUACGGAGGCAGUGAUUGUUUUUAUUCCUUUUUAUUUUUUUAACAAAAAUGUCAUUUUGUUUUCACACAAUUGAAAUAAAGUCGUGUAAGAAAAAUCUA